AUGGAAUCAUUAUUCGGUCGCGAUAUCUCGUUAUCCCCUCGCGCUGAUUCAACAUGUGUCACGUCGUUUACAUCUGGCAACGGCCUGAACUUCACAAACAUACAAUGCAACCAGAACAACCCGUUCAAUGAUGCACUCGCUCCAUUCACAGUCGAUACCAUGUCAGGAUGCAUGGAAUUCUGCUCGCGAUUUUGGGGCUCAGGCGAGGGCUGCUUCGGCGUCGUCUUCAGAAGUAGCGACAACCAAUGCUGGAUGCGCAAUUCAACGACUUCUCGGCUCUCUUCCAACAAAACCGUAUACACCACGCUUCCCCUCGCCGACGAAGAUGGCACCCACUCCGCCCUCGUCGACCUGAACCAAAUGAAGCCCCUCGACACCGAUUGCCCGGCCGCCGAUAAAUCGCAUCACAGCCUCGACGGCUACGACGGCAUCUCAUACACAGUACAGUGCAACAAGGACAUCCCCGGCACCUACGACGCCCAUUGGACCUACGAAUUCCACGACAACCCCUUCCAAGCCUACUACCACGCCACCUCCCUCGAAGACUGCCUGAAGGAUUGCGUGAACGAACACCCCCUCUGCCGCGGCGUCGUCUAUGUUCCCGGCCUGCAGGGCGGCUACGCGAACUGCUGGCCCAAGACUGGAUUCCCUUCGACUCUUAGCGCGUCAAAUACGCAGCUCAAAAUCACGCACAGCGCUACUAUCGACUCGAUUACGACGCCUGAUACGGACUGUAAUAAGAACGAAACGUACACGAGCACACAAGAUGAUUCCAAAGCCUUCGCCGUGCACUGCGGGCAAACGAACCAGGGGACGAACAUGACCUUCUUACACAGACUGAAUUUCACGAGCUGCAUGGAAGAAUGCGCGUCUAAUAAGAACGGCUGCGUCGGUGUAGUCUACGACAGCACGCUCCAGCACGGCUUCAACAACUGCUACCUCCAGAACACGUCGAGCGUGUUCGACGACGUGUCGACUAGCAUGUACGCCGCGCUUUCUGCCGCGAAGCCAAAGUCAUCUGACUCCGCCUCCUCCGGUGGCUCCAACGGUGGUUCAAACAACGACGACGGUUCUUCCAAAGGCGGCAGCAAAGCAUGGAUCGCCGGCGCAGUCAUCGGCCCCAUAUUAGGCAUCGCACUCAUCGGCGCCGCGGGAUUCUUCCUCCGCCGACGCAGGGCCAAUGCCGCUCCUGCUGCGCACGUUACCGAAGCCGACGACGGCGCCGUGAAGCACAAUCCGUACAUCAACAAUGGGCCUGCGCCUGCGUAUGCGCAGAUCCCGCAGUAUAGUCCAGGGGCUACGCCGAGCGAGCUGGGAAGCGGCCAGGGCCAUCAGAUGGUAGAGAUGAGCGGGCAGAGUGCAGCAAAGUAUGCGCACAAGAGCGGCGGACAGCCAGGGGGAGAUGUCCACGAGAUGGGCUAA